AUGGUAAUUAACCGGUCGGCGACCAUGGCGGGCGCGGCGCUGCUGGUGCUGGCGGGGCUGCUGCUGCGGACGCGCGCCGACCUCGGCGUCAUGACCGACCUCACGCUCGGCUUCGGGCAGGCGCUGGACCAUUGCAGGGAGGAGUCUGGCCUGACGCAAGAGAAGAUGGAGGAGUUCUUCCACUUCUGGAGCGAGGACUUCAAGCUGGAGGCGCGCGAGCUGGGCUGCGCGCUGCGCUGCAUGAGCGCGCACUUCAACCUCAUCACCGACGUCAACAGCAUGCACCACGCCAACGCCGAGAAGUUCGUCAAGAGCUUCCCCAAUGGUGAAGUGCUAGCGGAGCAGCUGAUCGGGUUCCUGCACGAGUGCGAGCGGCGGCACCACGCCGAGGCGGACGCGUGCUUCCGCGUGCUGCACAUGGCGGCGUGCUUCCGCGACGCGUGCCGCCACGCGCGCCUCGCGCCCACAAUGGAGAUGUUGCUCGCCGAGUUCAUCAUGCAGGCGGAGACCUAGCCUCAGCUCGCGCCAAUCUCAAUCUGUACCACGAAAAACUUUUGACUUCGAAUCGUCUGCGUAUUCGAAUCGCCAUCAAAAGAUUUGGUAUGAAAACAUAA